CAUCUCAGUAUGAGUCUCCGGAAUCAACAACUCCAGCAGUUUGAUGUUCAUUUUUAGAUUUAGCCGUCGUUGUCAGAAGAGCUGUUUAUGCGAACGUUAGUAUUUAACGCUAAAGGUGCGCGCGCGUCUUAUAACGACCUCCCGAAGGACUAUAUUUAUUUUUAAAGCACACAUUUUUAUUAUUAUCAACCAGUUCGACGUAGCAAGCGAUGUAUUUUACUGACAGUCGAUAAUUUUGUGUUUUACACCAUUUAGGUUUUCGAAGCGCGCUCUGGCGAUUUUCCGCUUGGAUAAACUCGACUCCACACCGGACCUCAUAUGUGAGAUUUAUCAAACACACUAGAUAUACGGGAUUUAUUUUGAUGUCCCAGGUGAGGAGAUCGAGCUGAAGAUGUGGGUGAACCCUGAGGAGGUGCUGUUGGCCAGCGCGUUAUGGAUGACAGAGAGAGCCAAUCCGUAUUUCGUCCUGCAGAAGAGAAAGGGCCACGGGGAUGGCGGAGGAGGACUCGCAGGACUGCUGGUUGGGACCCUUGACGUUGUGCUGGACUCCAGUGCCCGUGUGGCCCCAUACCGAAUCCUCUACCAGACUCCUGAUUCCUUGGUCUACUGGACCAUCGCUCACGGGAGCUCUCGAAAGGAGAUCACAGAGAACUGGGAAUGGCUGGAGCAGAAUCUGCUGCAAACGCUGUCCAUCUUUGAGAACGAGAACGACAUCACCACCUUCGUCAAGGGCAAAAUACAGGGCAUUAUAGCCGAAUACAACAAAAGCCAUGAUAUCAAAGAGGACGACGACACGGACAAGUUCAAGGAGGCCAUUGCUAAGUUUCGCAAGCUGUUCGUGAUGCCGGAGGAGGAGAAGCUGGUCAACUAUUACUCCUGCAGCUACUGGAAGGGGAAGGUGCCUCGACAGGGCUGGCUUUACCUCAGCAUCAACCAUCUCUGCUUCUACUCAUACCUGCUCGGAAAAGAAGUGAAGCUGGUGGUCCGCUGGGCAGAUGUGACUCAGCUGGAGAAGAGCGCCACCCUCCUGCUGCCGGAUAUGGUGCGUGUGAGCACUCGCUGCAGUGAACACGUCUUCUCCGUCUUCCUGAACAUCAACGAGACCUUCAAGCUGAUGGAGCAGCUGGCCAACAUUGCCAUGAGGCAGCUGCUGGACAACAAGGGCUUCGAGCAGGACCGCUCCCUGCCCAAACUCAAGAAGAAGUCACCCAAGAAAGUGUCCGCCCUCAAGAGGGACUUGGACGCCAGGGCUAAAAGCGAGCGAUAUCGGGCCCUUUUCCGCCUCCCGAAGGAUGAGAAAUUGGAUGGACACACAGACUGCACGCUCUGGACGCCCUUCAACAAGAUGCACAUCCUCGGCCAGAUGUUUGUGUCUACUAAUUACAUCUGUUUCACUGGUAAAGAGGAGACCGUCUGCAGUCUGAUCAUCCCACUCCGAGAGGUGACCAUCGUAGAGAAAGCCGAUAGCUCCAACGUCCUUCCGAGCCCCUUGUCGAUCAGCACCAAAAACAAAAUGACCUUCUUGUUUGCCAACCUCAAGGACCGGGACUUCCUGGUGCAGCGGAUCUCAGACUUCCUGCAGCAAACCACUUCCAAAAUUUACUUUGAGCGGGAAAUCACAGGCAGCCUCAGCAGCUCGGAUGACGAGGUGUACUCUCAGCAGGGCAGUGUGUUGUCCUGCAGUCCUCAGCGCAGUGCUCUGGGCUCUGAGGGAGAAAGUGAGCGUCAAUUUAAUCUGAAUGAUAACCGGGUUCCCACCGCCACACAAGCCCUGAUGACCAUGUACCGCCGCCGAUCGCCAGAGGAGUUCAACCCCAAACUGGCUAAAGAGUUUUUGAAGGAGCAGGCCUGGAAAAAUCACUUCACUGAAUACGGUCAGGGUGUAUGCAUGUACCGAACGGACAAAACCAAAGACCUAGUGCUGCAGGGCAUCCCGGAGAACAUGAGAGGAGAGCUGUGGCUGCUGUUUUCAGGAGCGAUUAAUGAGAUGGCCACUCACCCAGGGUAUUAUGAGGAUCUGGUGGAGAAGUCGAUGGGCAAAUAUAAUCUGGCCACAGAGGAGAUCGAGAGAGACCUGCACCGCUCACUGCCUGAACAUCCUGCUUUCCAGAACGAGAUGGGCAUCGCUGCGCUCAGGAGAGUCCUCACUGCAUACGCCUUCAGAAACCCCAACAUCGGCUACUGCCAGGCGAUGAACAUCGUGACAUCUGUUCUGCUGCUGUACGCUAAAGAGGAGGAGGCCUUUUGGCUGCUGGUGGCCCUGUGUGAGCGCAUGCUCCCUGACUAUUACAACACCAGAGUCGUAGGUGCUCUGGUGGAUCAGGGUGUGUUUGAGGAGCUGGCUCAUGUGCACGUCCCGCAGCUGUAUGACUGUAUGCAGGCUCUGGGUGUGAUCUCCACCAUCUCUCUGUCCUGGUUCCUCACACUCUUCCUCUCCGUCAUGCCCUUCGAGAGUGCUGUGGUGGUGGUCGACUGCUUCUUCUAUGAAGGCAUCAAAGUCAUCUUCCAACUCGCUCUGUCUGUGCUCGACGCCAACAUUCACCAGCUGCUCGGCUGCAAAGACGACGGAGAGGCCAUGACCAUCCUGGGCAGGUAUCUGGACAGCGUGACCAAUAAGGACAGCACUCUUCCUCCCAUCCCUCAUCUUCACUCUCUGCUGACAGAUAAUGGAGAGCCUCAUCCUGAAGUCGACAUCUUCAAACUCGUGCGAAGCUCAUAUGAGAAGUUCGGCUCCAUUCGUGCAGAUGUGAUUGAGCAAAUGCGUUUCAAACAGAGACUCCGGGUGAUCCAGGCCAUUGAAGACACCACCAAACGCAACGUGGUGCGAACCAUCGUGACGGAGACGCCAUUCACCAUCGAUGAGCUGGAGGAGCUGUACUCACUCUUUAAGGCCGAGCAUCUGACCAGCUGUUACUGGGGCAGCAGCAGUAACCCGAUGAGCCGUCAUGACCCCAGCCUGCCGUAUCUGGAGCAGUACCGCAUAGACCUGGAGCAGUUCAAGGGUCUGUUCACUCUGCUCUUCCCCUGGGCCUGCGGGUCUCACGCUGACGAUCUGGCCUUCAGGUUUUUCAGACUGCUGGACCACAACACUGACGCGCUUAUCAACUUUAGAGAGUUCAUCAGUGGCCUGAGUGUUCUGUGUCACGGGGACCUGACGGAAAAACUCAAAUUUCUCUACAAGAUUCACAUACUUCCAGAGUUGCACCAUGAGCAGGAGGAGCCGGACUCGGCCUGUGAAGCCACACAGUAUUUUUUUGAGGACAUCACUCCAGAGACCUCCAGCGGUCUCGACCACAAGAGCAGAAGUGAGAAGGACGACGGUUUCGUCAGAGUCACGUUUAAGAACGAGAAAGUGAAGAAAACUCACACUGCAGAUUAUAGGACAUACCUGCGCCUCUGGAACCAGGAGACCAAAGCCAAGCUGGAGAACAUGAAGGAUCUGCCCAAACUCAACCAGAGUCAGUUCAUCGAGUUGUGCAAAACCCUCUACAACAUGUUCAGCGAGGACCCGAACGAGCAGGAGCUUUAUCACGCCACUGCUACAGUCACCAGCCUGCUGCUGGAGAUGGGAGAGGUGGGAAAACUCUUCUGUACAACCGCUAGCAAACACAACGAUGAAGACGAUGAUGAGGAAGAAGACGAACGCCGCAUUCCGACAUGCAGAAACAAGCAGGACAGACCGCGACGCAAACCCUGCGACAUCACAGCUCCGUUAGACGAGAUCAAACUGGAGGACUCGUCGCCGAAAGACACGGCCACGUCCUCCGCUAUGCUCAUCUCAGACGACGAGACCAAAGACGACACGUCCAUGUCCUCGUACUCCGUCCUGAGCGCCGGAUCGCACGAGCUGGACGAUAAGCUUCAAUGUGAGGAUAUUGCAGAUGACACCGUUCUUAUACGCAAUGGCGGAGCAGGGCAUCAUGGGAGAUCCGGGCUUCCUCACAGCACUAGCAUCGAUAAAGACUGGGCAAUCACGUUCGAGCAAUUCCUAGCCUCCGUGCUCACCGAACAGGCCCUGGUGCAGUACUUCGAGAAGCCGGUGGACGUCGCUGGGCGGAUCACCAACGCCAAGAAUGUUCGCAAGGUGGGACACCAACACAUGUCUGCAAGCGACUACGAGAUCUCGCUAUCUGGCUAAUUGGAUUACAUUUGAAAACUAUUGGUUGAAGGUUGGUGGGAAUGCGAAUUCCAAAAAUUCUAAUUAUGACAUCAUCUGUUGGUAAAUGUGUUCCAAACCUGUUGAAGUUCACUGUAGUGUUACGAUGGAAGUAGACGGUGACCCUUUGUGUUAAGCUAAUAAUAAAAUAGCAAUUAGAAAUUAAAUUAAAUGGUGUUUAUAGCUAAAUAGAGACUAGUUCACCCAAAAAUUUGAUUUAACUCAUUAUUUAC